CCCUACCCCACCUCACCUCAACGCCAGACAUCCAUCCACUCACCCCCUCCAAUCCACCCACCGACCCUCCACAUCCACACCGAGGCCAAGGACCCACGUCCAGGACCUAGGCCAAGGUCUCAACGCCCAGACCCAGUGCCCAGCCAGUGUCCCGUGCCCCAGGGAUGCGGGUGCCAGGCCAGGCUGGGGGGGUGGUGACCCGCGCCUGGCUGGAGCCCAGCAGCCAGGCGGGGGUGAAGCGAGUGGAGAUGGCCCGCGGCCGGGCCGGAUACGGCUUCACGCUGGUGGGCCAGCGGCCCUGCCUGCUCAGCUGCAUCGUGCGCGGCAGCCCCGCCGAGGUGAUCGGCCUGCGACCGGGCGACCGCGUGCUGAACGUCAACGGCGCCGAUGUCUCCGAGGCAACGCACGAGGCGGUGGUGAAGCUGAUUGGCUCGUCCACGGGGAACCUGAGGCUGGUGGUGGACUGCAGCACCACCUUUGGACGGGAGGAGAACUGCGGCAUCGGCGGCAAUGGCGGGAUAGUGGAGAACGGCAUGAACGGCUCCGGCGGAUGGCCGCCGCCUCCCGCCCCCUUGCUGGCGGACUCCUGCUCCAGUGACGAGGAGCUGAUGGUUGUCCAGGGCUGUGGCAGUGGCGUCAGCAGUAACAGCGACGACUGGCGGGGCUUGCGGUCGAAGCUUAACAACGCUAACGACAUCAGCAAGGUGCCUAACCACCACCCCCACCACGGCCCUCGAAGGCUCUUCAACAGCAAUAAUAAUGCGGCAACGGCGUCGGCCGCUGCAACUGCAAUCGCAAAACAGGAGCCCAAAAACAACCUCUCCAAAGAGCGGCCCGUGUCGGAGCCCGAUCUCGGAGCCUACUUCGCCCGCUGGGGGCUCGUGAAGAGCAACCCGGACCUGCUGUCCGACUACGAGACGUCGAAGUUGACCAGCAGCGACAACAGCAACUACGUCAAGCUGGAGGCCAGCCGAGAGUCGGUGUUCGCCACGUCCAUCCAGAGCCUGGACAACCUCUCCCUGGACAGCAACACCCUGAACGUGGCCAUGGUGGUGGGCUACAUCAACUCCUCGCAGCUGGACCUGGUGACCUCCACCAUGAAGGCCGGCGUGGUGGACGAGGACGAGGAGCGCCUGCGCUGCGUCCACCGCUGCGUGACGCGCCUCAGCGUGGAGCAGAGCACGCACUCGGUGGUGAUGAUGCACGUGCUGUGCGACUGCGUGCAGCUGUGCGACGACACGGGCCGCGCGCUGGUCUCCUACCCGGCCGACCGGCUGGUGCUGAGCGCCGUGUGCCCGGAGGACCCGCGCUUCUUCGGCCUGGUGACGCUGGACAACGUGGACGGCAUGGGCUCGCAGACCUUCUGCCACGUCUUCUUCGUGGACCCGGAGCUGUACCGGCACGAGGCUCACGACAGCAUCCGGGCCCACUUUGGGUUCCAGUGCACCGCCGACGCGGACAUGGACACGGACUCGGCCGUAGGCUGCUUGGAGUUCCCCCAGAGCCCCGCUGCGGUACUGCAAUUUGUGUCGGUGCUUUAUCGCGACAUGGGCGAUCUGGUGGAGCGAUUGAGGGCCCGGGCGGAGCGGGAGGUCGCCGACAACGACGACGUCGAAAGUCGGACGAUCAGCACGCGGCACAGCGGGAGCGGGGACAGCGGCAUCGGGAACGCGUCCCCGGAGGAGACCAGCAGGAGGGGCCACCACAACCAGCAACACCACAGCAGCAACCACAACAACAAGGUCCUCUCCGCGACCUGGAGUCGUUCCAUGGGCCACAUUCCGGAACACGAUCCCGAGCAGCACGUCUGGACUGACCUCCGACCCUUGGCGCCAAGGCACGUGCUGAGCCAGGAUCAUCAUCUUCAUCUUCCUCUGCCGCAUCAUCAUCCUCAGCACCAGCCGAAUUAUCACCAACAGCAGCCCCUACAACAGCCCCCACAGCAGCAGCAGCAGCAGCAGCAGGAUCACAGGAGCGCCUUCACGGGCCGAGUCCGCCGCUGCCUCCUAGCGGAGCCGCUCCCCGGCAGUAGUCCCUCGACCCCAUCGUCCUCCAUCAGCGAGAUAGGCGUCCGAGUGCUGCCCGUCAUCAAUGACAAGACCUUCCUGCGCCCGCCCCCUCCGCCGUACGCACACGUCAAAUCCAUCAGCAGCAACAGCGUCGACGGCAUGGGAUUCGGAACGCCCGUGGCGCGCGGCAACAGACGCAAGAGCCAGCGCUGGCCCAGCGUGGCCAUUCGCACGCGCUGGCAGCGCUCUCGUCACCAUGACGACGACGGAGGCGACUCGAGCAGCAUCGGUUCCGGUGGGGGAGGCCGUCCGCCGCUGGCCAAAAGCCGGACGCUGCCCACGGGCAUGAACCAGGUGUUGGUGAACACCUACGUGGAGCCAGCGCUGUGCCCAGAGGGCAUGCCACCUCCCAGGACGGUCAGCCUGUACAACGAGCCCGUCAAGAAGCUGUUUGGCUGGAACCAGCAGAACGGACACCGGGAGAAGGAAGAGAAGGAGAAGAGCUCCCGGUUCUGGGGUAUCAGCCGGGCGAGAUGUUCCAUGCGCCGGCCCUCCGCCCACCCCAAGCGCCUCAGCCUGGCCCGAUCUCUGGAUGACCUGGAGUCGGCCGCGGCCUCCGACAGUGAGCUGCGCUGUGCGGAGCUGCAGGCCUGUGGUAGCGAGAGCAGCCUGAACAGCAACGGGAGUUUGCCGGGUCCCCAGAGCCACCGUCGCCUGUCCGAGCGCCGUGUGGCCUCCUGGGCUGUCAGCUUCGAGAGGCUCCUGCAGGACCCCGUGGGAGUCCGAUACUUCUCUGAGUUUCUGAAGAAGGAGUUCAGCGAGGAGAACCUCCUAUUCUGGCAGGCCUGUGAGUUCUUCAGCCAGGUGCCCGAGAAUGACAAGAAACAGCUAUCCCAGAAGGCCCAGGAGAUCUACAACAGCUUCCUUUCCAGCCAGGCCAGCACGCCGGUCAACAUCGACAGCCAGGCGCAGCUCGCCGACAAUGUGCUCAACGCGCCGCAGCCCGACAUGUUUAAGGAGCCCCAGCUGCAGAUCUUCAACCUGAUGAAGUUUGACAGCUACGCGCGGUUCCUCAAGUCCACCUUGUACCAGGAGUGCAUGCUGGCGGAGGUGGAGGGAAGGCCCCUGCCAGACCCUUACCAGGUGCCCUGCAGCCCCGCCCCCUCCAAGCACAGCUCCGACCGCUCAGCCCUGCACACGCCCAAAAAGGACAAGAAGUCGAACCGCUCCCACACAGACCUGCGCGAUGACACGGCAGAGAAGAAGAGGGCCAACUUCUUCUCCUGGACCUCCAGGAACCGCAGCUUUGGGAAAGGGCCCAAGAAACGCGACCUUGGAGAAUUCAGCUACGGUAAUGGCCGUCGCGAGUCUCAGGGUUCUCUGUCCUCCAGCACCAGCCAGGAGAUGCCAUCCUCAUCACCAGGGGGCAAGAGUGAGUGUGAGUUCCGCAACUCGGUGGCAGUGUGGGACCGUAACGACCGCUCCGGUGACCGCUCUGGUGGCUCCGGAGGGGAGCGUGACCGUGAGCGGUGGCCGCGGCAGUGCAGCGUGUCUCUGCCCGACGGCUCAUGCUGUGCCCUGCAACUGCAGCCAGGCGUCCCCGUACGACAGCUGCUCCUGGAGCUGUGCCAACGACACCAGCUCAACCUGGCCGCCGUGGACCUGUUCCUCAUUGGAGGAGAGAAGCCUCUGGUGCUGGACCAGGACAGUGUCACGCUCUGUUCUCGAGACCUCAGGCUGGAGAAACGCACUUUAUUCAGGCUAGACCUGCUGCCCAUCAACCGGUCGGUGGGUCUGAAGGCCAAGCCCACCAAGCCAGUCAGUGAGGUGCUGAGGCCUGUAGUAGCCAAGUACGGACUUCGCCUCCCAGACCUGGUGGCACGAGUGAGUGGAGAGUCGGAGAUUCUGGAUCUGGGCGUGCCCAUCUCUAAUCUGGACGGCCUGCGAGUGGUGUUGGAGAAAGCAGAUCCCUCAGGAAAAGAUAAGCCGCCCAAGACACCAAAGGGUCAUGCACCGCCAUUGGCCAACCGGAGCAUGUCCACACCCGGAGAUGACCGGUCGUCAGGGAAACGGAAUGAGGAGAAGAACAACAAUAGAGAUCCUUUCACUCCCGACGCCGGACGGAGGAAGCCCAAGAAGUCACAGAUAGAGGAAGCCGAAGAGUUCUUUGAGCUGCUGAGUAAGGCCCAGAGUAGUCGUGCUGAGGACCAGCGUGGGCUGCUCCGCAAGGAGGACCUGGUGCUGCCCGACUUCCUGCGCCUAGACCCCUCUUCCUCCUCCCCCUGCGCCACCUCCUCCACCCCCACCUGCUCCUCCUCCCACAAGCCCCCCCACUCCAACGGCCUCAACACAAGCGCCCCCCAGAGGUUGCACCAGCACCAGCGCUCGCAGACCAUCGAGCACACGGGAACUCACGGAGACGGCGGCGAGCCUUUCCGCGCUCCUCUCUCGCCCAUCCUGGCCGGAGGUCACCGGGGAUCGUCGUCGUCGUCAGGCGGCGGUGGAGGAGGUCAAGGACACCGCGCCCUUGAGGAGAUGGAAGGGGGUGGCGACUUGACCUUGGUGGCGGAGGGCGACAUCACUAGCCCCAAUAGCACCCUGUUGCCCCCUCCAUCGUCAUCGUCCGCCCUCCACACCCCCAUAGGAGGCUGCAACGCGUCCACCCCUGCCCAGGACAGGAGCCUGCCGGCGGCCGACUACACUCCGCCGACCCCCUGUCUCCUGCAGCAGCAGCAGACCCCCGGAGGAAGUAGCAGCGGCGACGUCGUCGGACAGGCGUCAGGUAUUUCACCCCAUGCGUGACGUCCCGUCGCCCCCGGUGUGCUGGCGUGUGUGUGUGCGUGCGCGUGCGUGUGUGUGCUGGCUUGGCUGCUGCUGGAGCACACGGACUAAAUUGACUGACUGACUGACUGACUGACUGACUGUCACACUCAAUGGCUGUGUUUUAGAAUGGUCAUCAUGGUUACAUUAGAACCUAUUCUAGUGAGCUAAAUGAAUUUGAAGCAUUUUCAACUGCCGAUAUUUAUAUUUUUUUCAACAGAAGGCUGGCUUUCCUGGUUGGAAUUGGCCUUUUUCACAUGGCGUCAGAUAUCUUCAAUUCAAUGUAUCUGAAGCAGGAAAUGUGGCAGUCAUCUUGAACCCCACUGUAUAAAUACGGUGUUGUGAGGAGGGACAAGACACUAGCAGCCAACCAUGUGAGCACAUUUUUUGACCGACAGCAGUUUCCAACAAUCAGAGGUUGAAUUGUGCGCAGCUAGAGUCGCGCAGCCAGGAGAAAACAAAUAUGUAGAACCCAUUGUAGAACCCCUCACAAUGGAAAAAAGCAAAUAGGUAGCCGCCUAAAUCACGCCCCUCCAUUGGAACUACUGUCAUAUACCGGUAAUAAGAUCCGAAAACAACCAAUGAGGGUGAGAGGAGAGACCUUUUCUGGACUCUUAUUCUCUGUGUUUUUAUGAUCUUGGGUCCCAUGGGAAGGCAUUACUUAGGCUUCCUCUAGCCAACAUGACGUGCCUACUCGACAUCAAGGUAUUUCUGAUUGGCAGUUUCAACCAGGAAAUCCAAUCUUCUCUUUCUAAAUGGACAGCUGAAAAGGUUUCAAAUCCAUUGAACCGUCAUUGGAGUCAUUGGUUUAGAUUAAAAAUGCACUUUAGAACCCUCUAGAACCCUUUUUUAGAACGUGGUAUGAAUGGGCACACUGGAAGGGCGACAUCCAGAUCAUUUCUUUCAUUACUGUUUCUUUUUUUAUUCCUUUUUUAUUAAUAAUGAGUUUGUGUCUAUAAGGUGUUAGCACAGGCUAGUUCAGCGAAAAUCAUUGUGAAUGUGUUUGUUUUUGCAUUCUAUGAGUUCAUUCAUUUAUUUUCAGCAAACAGUGAUUUUUAUUUUUUAAAUCAGGUUAAUUGCAUCUUUUUAAAUCACAAAAUUGUACGUAAUCAGUGAGGCUAUCACUUUCCAACAUCAUCACACAACAGAACACUGAAGCAUCCUUAUAAUCAACUACAACACAUCAGAACGGUACAGGUGCUGUUCAAAUAUAAUCAAGCUCUCAUGUUAUUGCUGAUGAUUAUUUUCAUUUUCGACAAGACCUUAGAAUAAUGGUCCCUUAUAAAAAGCUUCAUUAACACUUUAUUGUGAGGACUUUUGGAGGACAAACUUCCAAUACUGCUGUGCUAUGUCUCCUGCAUAUGUUAAAAUAGUAUUACUUACUCUUUUAUUUUUUCUUUUAUGUUGAUAAUUAGUCCAUUAUUUGCAACGUCUUUAUGAAGCUUCACAAGGGACUGUUUUUCUAAAGUGUAAUGUCUUCAUCUGUGGUGUUGUGUUGUGCAGUGUUUGAUUGCCCUUCCUAACUGUCUUUGCCUGGCCUUCGAUGAGCUGAGCAAAUGUGUGCGUGUAUAUAUAUAUAUCUGUCUCUCUCUCUCUUAUUAAUUGAAUAAUCUAAUAAUGAAUGCAAUUCAACAAUGCUUAAGGCCUUUUUUUGUAGACAUGUAUUUUAUAAUAAUUAUUUGUUAUUGCGUUAUUUCUGUCGGAAAUAUUUUUUAAUUAUGUGUACAGUGUUUUUAAAUAAGAGAAUAAUGAGUUUUGAAAGGAAAAAAAACGAGUUAUGUAAAUUAGCUAUUUGUAUUUUGUUUUUUUACCAAGUAGAGAUGGCCUCAUUGUUGAAUUGCCAGUCGUCUAUUUUCCUUUGUAGACCUUGUGUAAUGAGACUACCAGCUAAUGCCCGAUUGUUUUUGUAUGUGUCUUGUAGGUCUAAUAAAUGUAGAUGAAAUCACA